ACGAGUCCCUUGGGCGCUGGGCAUCCCGAUCUCCCGCCAUCGUCAACAUCUACGAUCAUGCAGUCCACAGCGACCAGCCACGCGGAUAGCGAAGAAGAGAAACGUCGUAUGGAGGAGGAGAUGGUGAGGGCGCGGCUCGCGCGCAUGCGGGCGGAGCGCACGGGCAAGGGCGGCGACUUUGGCAUGGGCAUGCACGGUAUCGAUCUCGGUGCGUCUGCUCGUACCCUUCUGCGUAUCGUCGAGCAUCGAAAUCACUUGACGGAGAACCAGGUGUCGAUGGCGGCAUCGCUGAAGACCACGACCACUACCAGCGACAAAAGCCCUGAUACCAAGCCUCCUACGGCGGGAGGAUCAGCAGCAACGGUGCCGGCAUGGCGAUCGCCCGUUUCCACGUCGGCAUCCGGCGCGAAGAAGACGGUCACCGAGCGCACGCCGGUUUCGCUCGCGGCCUUCAUUGGCGGGCAGGCGAGCGGCCCGCGGCUGAACAGGCACGCGCCUCAGGCGGACGCGGGCGCGAUGUACGACGGGCGCGUGGGCAGGGACGGCGCAGUGCACCCGAUCUUUGGUCGUGGGGGGAUCGCGAUGCCGGGUAUGGUCAAGCAGGUUUCGCCUGCAGAUGACGCAUCGUCGAGCGCUCGAGAUGAACCCGCGGCGCGCACGGCGGUUGCGAGCAACAGCGCGCUGCCGGGGGCGUCGAGGAGCGCAUCGUCGCUUGCGCAGCGGUAUCUUAGUAAUGUGGAGGAACAGUCGUGGCAGCCGCCGAGGAAGGGGCCUGUUGAUCUCAUGGAGGAGAGUCGGUCGGAUGCGCCGACGGCUAGUUUGGGAUCGUUGUCGCUGGAGCGGGGCCCCUCGACUGCUGCUGCGUUCCCUGCGCCCGCUGCGAUCACACGUACGACGUCUGCGCCGUCGCCAUCUGUUUCUUUCCCGCCGUUCGAGCCAUCUCCUCCAAUUUCCCCUACUGUACCAGAGUCUCAGGAAAGAGAGGUCGAUUUAAUGACCUCGGAGGCGACUGACCCGCCUUCGAGGACACCAAGCAUCAACGUCCCUCCGUCUACGAACUCUCCGCCUGUUACUUGCCCCAUGCCCCUCGCAGCUUCCCCUCAACCGCAAUCUCCCGCUACAUCCACAUCGCCCUCCCCAGCCCCCAACACUAACAUUACUUCCCCUGCUCUUGCCCCCGCAAACGCACCCACCAAAUCGCACUCCGCCCCUGUAGGCACAGGCACAGCCCCUUCAUGGAAAUCCUCCCCCAGCUCCACGCCAUCCUCCACCAACACCAGCACCGCAGACAAACCACCCGUGUCUCUCGCAGCGUUCAUGGGCGGCAGCAGCGCUCCCGGCCCGCGGCUGAACAGACCCGCGCCGCAGGACGAUGCGCAUUUAGUGUACGAUGGGCGGGAGGCGCGCGGCGGGCAGGGCGCGGUGCAUCCCGUGUUUGGGAGGGGCGGUGUUGGGCGGGGCGGGAGCGAUCAUAACUCGACUUUGACUUCGACUUCGGUGGCGGCCGGGAUGCCGCAGAGGAAGAAGUCAUCGCUUGCGGAGCGGUAUCUACAAGGUGUUGAGGAGCAGAGGCAGCAGGUGGCAAAGCCGACGCCGAGGGAUCUUGGGUAUGAUCUUGGGGGUGCGCAUUGAUUCGUUCUUUUUUUGGCUGUUGUGCUAUCCUUGGGCGGAAGAAAGGGUGUUCUCAUUUCGUGUCAACGAUGUGUUUGUAUGUUCAUUUGUGCUAGCGAUAAUACAGAACGAGGUUUCAUAUGUCAUGC